AUGCAUGAAAUAUACUUCAAAUUGGCCCUAGGUCUGGAGCCGGACUUCUUGUUCCCUCUGGAGAACGUGACGAUCGCGCAGGGCAGAGACGCGAUGUUCACAUGCGUGGUCAAUAACCUUGGCGGUUACAGGGUGAGUGGCGACUCCGCCACUGCCAGGGUAGCGUGGAUCAAAGCGGACACAAAGGCCAUUCUGGCGAUACACGAACAUGUUAUCACUAACAAUGCGAGGCUGAGCGUAACUCAUAACGACUACAACACGUGGACACUCAACAUAAGAGGAGUGAAGAGAGAGGACAGAGGACAAUAUAUGUGCCAAGUGAACACAGAUCCAAUGAAAAUGCAGACGGCAUUUCUGGAGGUGGUCAUUCCACCUGAUAUUAUUUAUGAAGAAACUUCUGGAGACAUGAUGGUACCAGAAGGUGGUUCUGCAAAACUAGUAUGCAAAGCUAGAGGCUACCCCCCACCGAAAAUCCUGUGGCGCAGAGAAGACGGCGGUGAUAUAAUCUCAAGGAAUGGCCCGCAAGGAAAAACAAAAGUGACGUCACUGGAAGGCGAAGUUGUUAACUUAACAAAGGUUACCCGCUCAGAAAUGGGCGCUUACCUCUGUAUCGCAGCAAACGGUGUGCCGCCAUCCGUCAGCAAGAGGAUAAUGCUACAUGUUCAUUUCCACCCUUUGGUGCAAGUGCCAAAUCAGCUGGUCGGUGCUCCCACCGGUACAGAUGUGACCCUGCAAUGCCACGUCGAAGCCUCGCCUAAAGCCAUUAACUAUUGGACCCGGGAGAACGGUGAGAUGAUAAUAUCGAACGACAAGUACCACAUGACCGAGAUCACCAGCUCGGCGUACAGCGUGCAGAUGCGCCUUGUAAUCCGGAACAUACAGCGCAGCGACCUAGGCGGCUACAAAUGCAUCUCCAAGAACUCAAUAGGAGACGCAGAAGGAAACAUAAGAUUAUACGAAAUGGAGCUGCCGCAUCGAAAGUCGCGAAAUGAAGAAGAGGGCGACGCGGCAUCGGAAGAAAGCAACGAUGUGCGUUCGAGUCUUCAGGGACCUCUGAGGGAAAGUGGGAACCGGGUGGAAGAUGCAGGGUUCCUCGGCGGCGGUGGCCCACCCGCCAGCAAAUCGCACCGCCUCCUUCCACACGAACUUUUUCUAAUAACUGCCCUUAUGUAUGCCGUGUUAGACAUUAGCCUG